AAACUAGAGCCACACCCCUCUAGCCUAUUACUGGGAGAUGACAAAAGAGACAUUAAGAUUGCUCGACCUUCCAUGGGAUUUGGUAGUUGAGAUCAUCUCUAGGGUUCCGGCCACAUGUUUGAGCCGGUUACGCUUUACUUGCAAGCGAUGGAAUGCUCUAAUAAAAGAUGAAGAAUUCAUCAAGAAGCACUUGGAUAAAACAGCAAAGCAGCAUAUGGUUCUCAUGUUGCGUGAUUUUAUGUUUUAUUCUAUGCAUGUAAAUCUCCACGACAUGUUUGUUGAUCCACAAACGUCGUUGGUUAACCUCAAAUCUUUCAAUAACUCGGAACGGUUCGGGUUUCGUAAAAUAUUUCACUGCGACGGGUUAUUGUUAUGCCACAACGGCAGCAGAAUAACACUCGUGGUCUGGAACCCUUGCACUGGACAAAUCAGGCGGGUCCAACUCAGUGAUUACAAGUGUAACACCGAGUUUUUUCUUGGAUACGAAAAUAACAAGUCUUGCCGCCAAACCUAUAAAAUCUUGAGGUACAGCUGGGUGUAUCGUGACAAUUUCCAUCAUCCCGUUGUUGAGUGUGGAAUCUAUGAUUUUGGCUCUUGUUCGUGGAGGGAUCUUGAUGACAUCCCUCCCAAAUGCAACUCCAUAACAUCAAAGGGCGUAUCUUUGAAGGGGAAUGCUUACUGGACUGUUGCUAAAGAUAAAGAAGAAGAUGUCUUACUUAGUUUUGAUUUUUCAACAGAGAGAUUUUGGGCGCUUAGUAUUCCUUUUGCGAGUAUUGGUAUUGAUUGUCGUCUUACAGCCCUCUCAGUUGUUAGAGAAGAACGACUUGCAGUAUUAUAUAACAUGCGCUUUACCGGCCAUCCACCAAAGAUUGAGAUAUGGAUGACGACAGAUGAUAAGAUCGAUCAGACCAAAGUUGUGUCGUGGAGCAAGUUCUUAUCACUGGAACUAGAUGAGAAUAAUCCUCAGAAAGGUCUUUCAAGUGUCACAAGUUUCUUUAUUGACGAGGAGAAGAAAGCCGCCGUGUUAUGCGGUCUGGAAUAUAGGAAUAAGAGGAAUAUGGUCACGAAUGUAUACAUUGUUGGAGAGGACAAUCUGGUCAUGAAAAUACCCGUAGGAGAAUACAGAUUGCAGUUCUUGAGGCCUGCUAUUUACAAUUAUGUUCCAAGCUUGGCUCGAAUCCAAGAGCGUGGAGUAAUGACACGAAAGCGAAAAAGAAAAAACCGGCAUUAGUGGUUAUAAACCACCAGGAUGGAUUUUUCAGUGUUGACUGUUUUGGGUUGAUUUUUACAUUU